AUGGAGGAUCUUCUGUUCCUAGGACAGCAGGUACUGAAGGUUUUUCUUCCAUACCAUAAAACCCCAAAAGCCAAUAAAAGAUGAGUUUGUGUAUAGCCUGUGACUCCCUUCUGCUCCACCUCUGAAAAGCAGAGCAAGGGAACAGGGCCAAGUGUUUCAGGGCUGCAGUUUCUGCAUGUGGAGAAGUUGCUGUGUUGUCUCCUCAGACAGAGGAGGUCAUGUUGAUCAGUGUUUCAGCCCCGUGCAAGGAGUCCUUUCAUAGGUCAGUCAGCAAUGGCUGCAGCAGAAAUUCCCAGUUACAUUGUCUCUUCUCAGACUGAGAAACACAGGAGGGCCAGAAACUGGACUGAUGCAGAAAUGAGAGGUUUAAUGCUGGUCUGGGAAGAAUUUUUUGAUGAGCUGAAACAAACUAAAAGGAAUGCCAAAGUUUAUGAGAAAAUGGCUAACAAACUCUUUGAAAUGACUGGAGAAAUUCGCCACGGAGAGGAAAUAAAGAUAAAAAUUACAAAUAUGACAUUCCAGUACAGGAAAUUAAAAUGCAUGACUGACAGUGAAACUGUUGCACCUGACUGGCCUUACUACAAAACCAUUGAUAGGAUCUUAUCCAAAGUGACAGACCACAGUGAUGUGAAAAUGCAUGAAAAUCAGCAACCAGGUCCUUCUACAUCACAGACGGAGGCCUCCCAGUCUCCAUCAGCAAAGUCUACACCUCUGUAUUUGCCAUAUAACCAGUUUACAUAUGAAGGAAGGGAAGAGUGCUUUGAAGAUGAACAUUCAGAGAGCUCGUCAAGCUUACUUUCUUACAAGCUGAGAGCUGAAGAAAGACCAGUUAAGAAAAGAAAAAUGCAAAGCUGCAGCUUCCAAAAGAAGAAGCUAAAAUUAAUGGAGGCCAUGUUGGAAGAACAAAAGAAGUUGAGUAGAGCCAUGGAAGAAACCUGUAGAGAAGUGCGCAGGAUUCUGGAUCAGCAAAACAUCAUUCAAGUUCAAAGCUUACAGUUACAGGAGAGAAUGAUGAAUCUACUGGAGAAAAUGAUCUCCAAAUCUAAUGUGUAA